AUCGAUUGCGUGAUAGGUGUCGGUGAUGUUGGCGGCAUUGUCCAAGCGGCGCUGGUGGCGACAUUUCCUCACCUAACGGGGCCAGCGUUUGAAGGCUCAUUUGUCUGUCUUAACAAAUACUACACCAGACUUUUGAUUGGUUUAAAGCAACCGUGAAUGUUAACUAUGACUGCGCUGAUGUCAUGGAGUUUGAUUUCGGUAGCAAACAUGCGAUGUUAACUGCUCCAAAUGACUUUCCUGUGUUCGUUAAAAGCGCCAUGGGGACGACAUCGUGUUUGGUGGGAAUCGCUUCAGACGAGAAAAGUCUCGGAAACUACAUGAAUCUCAUCAAAGAUGACAUAAAGGUGGUUCUACAACCGUUUCGGGGUCUAAUCAAGAAGUUCCUGAACUUGGACCUCUAUCCACAAGCUCUGAGUGGCAUCGUCAUGCUGGAACAGUACGUAGACAUUGGAAAGACGCCGGUAACUAUACACACAAUAGACGGUAUCGUUGGGCAUGGGAAAAUAGUCCCUUGGGCUAUAAGCGAUAAUAUUUACUUCAAGCACCGACCCCAAUGUUUUCAGGGAGUCGGCAUUCCCUCUGUUCUAGCAGAGGAAACACAAAACAACAUGUGGAGAGUGUACGUUGCGCUUGUUGAAAAUCUUCAAAAAUAUGGCUUUGACAACGAAUUUGUCGAUGCGGAGGUGUUCGUUUUCAGCGACGGAACGAUCAAGCUAAUGGAGAUGAACGGGAGAGGUUUUCCAUUGAUGUUCAAGUUGUACGAUGAGGUGUUAAACAAGGGAGAUAUUAUUGAGGCACACCUUAACAUAAGCAGAGGCGUUAUUCCAGAAACCCCUACAAACAAACCCGACCGAUACGGGUUGUACGCGUAUAUGGCUACUUUUGGUUCUGGAAAAGUUGCCGAUUUUAUCGAUCUAGAUAAGCUCUCGGAGUAUUCCGACAUCGCAACAUUCGGCCAUGAAGCCGAUACUGUAGUUGAACCAAAGGGAGAGUCAGGGUUCAACCUUGGAUUUCUCAGUAUCGUAGAUUCUUCUUAUCAAGCUUGCGUGGACAAAAUGGAAGUUUUGAAAGUGAAUCUACUGAAACAUCCAGAAUACUCGCCUUGGUGGAAUAAUUAAUGAAGAUUAUUCAUAAACGCUGAUGUGAUAUAUCAAUUCUUGGAGCAACAAGUCUUAAAAGGUAUCAUUUAUUUCGAUUCUAAAUUGCCGCAGAGCAGAGCAGUCGGAGGAUAAUUGUAACUCGAAACAACAGGGGAUUUUAGCCGACCUAAAAACAUAAAGAUUUUCAGACUUAGUCUCAUAUGUGC